GUGGGGACCGUGACAGGGACGGCAUGCUGGCCCCGGGCGGGGGGCUGGAGGGGCCAGAGAAGCCACCUCUGUCCUAGCUGCUGCCUCAGCCGAUGUCCCCACUGUGCUCCUGAAACGCUGGUUUGCUCUCUGGGAAGAUGCCGGAGCGUGAAGGAGUUCGAGAAGCUGAAUCGGAUCGGAGAGGGCACUUACGGCAUUGUGUACCGGGCCCGGGACACCCUGACAGAUGAGACGGUGGCACUGAAGAAGGUGCGGAUGGACAACGAGAAAGAUGGAAUGCCCAUCAGCAGCCUGCGGGAGAUCACCCUGCUCCUGCAGCUUCGCCACCCCAACAUUGUGGAGCUGAAGGAGGUGGUUGUAGGGAACCAUCUGGAGAGCAUUUUCCUGGUGAUGGGAUACUGCGAGCAGGACCUCGCCAGCCUUCUCGAGAACAUGCAGACGCCUUUUUCAGAAGCUCAGGUCAAGUGCAUCAUCCUGCAAGUCCUCAAGGGCCUGCAGUACCUUCACGAGAACUACAUCAUCCACAGGGACCUGAAGGUGUCCAACCUGCUCAUGACUGACAAAGGCUGUGUGAAGAUAGCCGAUUUCGGACUGGCACGCACCUACGGGAUGCCACCGAAGCCGAUGACCCCCAAAGUCGUCACACUCUGGUACCGAGCGCCCGAGCUGCUGCUGGGGAUGACGACCCAGACCACCGGCAUCGAUAUGUGGGCCGCGGGCUGCAUCCUCGCCGAGCUGCUGGCCCACAAGCCGCUGCUGCCGGGCACCUCCGAGAUCCACCAGAUCGACCUGAUCGUGCAGCUCCUGGGGACGCCCAAUGAAAACAUCUGGCCGGGUUUCUCCAAGCUGCCCCUGGUGAGUCAGUACACCCUGCGGAAGCAGCCCUACAACAACCUCAAGCACAAGUUCCCCUGGCUGUCAGAGGCCGGGCUGCGGCUGCUCAACUUCCUCUUCAUGUACGAUCCCAAGAAGCGGGCAACGGCAAAGGACUGCUUGGAGAGCUCCUAUUUCAAGGAGAAGCCCCUGCCCUGCGAGCCGGAGCUCAUGCCCACCUUCCCCCACCACCGCAACAAGCGGGCGGCCGCUGCCGGCGCGGGGACAGAGAGCCAGGCGAAGCGCGGCAAGCCCUGAGCCCUGGCCCGUGGGAGGCACAGCGCUCGCCAGCCGGGAUGGCUUUCGUUGGUGGGACAGCACCAGCACCGCAGGGCUCCAUCCCCUCCCAGGACGGCUCCCAAAUUCACGUCCCCUCCUGGCGCUGGCGCAGGGACGGCCUGGCUGUGGCGGGGGAGCGCUGUGACCCACCCCCCGCGUGCAUCUUCUGCCCCAGAGCUGGGCAGGCUCCAGUGCGGGGCUGGGCGAGGGCAGCCCCGGGAGCCACAGGCACGUUUCAGCCCUGUGCCUGCUCCUCCGCGGGGUGGGAGAGAGGAGAGGCAGGGCCCCCGGGCUCAGCAGGGAGCAGCUGGGGUGCUGGCGGGGCCAGCCCUGUCCCACGGGGCCCUCGGCCGGUGCUGGCUGCGCGGGGUCACCCCGACUUUGCUGUCAAUAAAUCACCUGCCAGCA